UUGCGUAUCGGCAAGGACAUCGACCUAGCUGGGCCAUCUGUAACCGUCACCGAGCAAAACCUGGCAGACCGAGUUCGGUAUAUCUUGCGCUCAAAUACAUUUGAUGUCACCGAACUCGAACGGCUACGACGUGAGGCUGUUCCUUCUUCGGGUGAAAAUGCUGCGGCUGAGGAUGCGGCGCCACAACUUGCUGAGCAAACGGCAAAUGUGGAUGCCGCCGUGAAUACGCCAGUUGUGGUUGAUUCAAACGAUGACGGAACAGUCGCCCAGGAACUGGAACUAGAGCAAAUGAGGAGUACAUUGGAGGAGGCGAUUGUGGAAACGCGCAGUACGCCUCUCGAAAAUCGACCGCGACUUCCCCGCUUAGCCCUAAGCAAUCGGAAUCGGGCUGUCGUGAGGGCUCUGAACCCAAUGCUGGUUACCUACUUGGAAGCCAGCCGGGACCUUUGCGAGACGGACUCAAUUCUUUUUGGCGCCGAACUGGCAGUCUGCCGUAUUAUAGGCGCCAAACUUUCCACGGCUGGACGCGCUACUGGACAAAGUAGUGCUAUCCCAGCCUUUUUUUUUUAA